ACACUGGUGAGGUGUUUUUGUGCGGCGGCAGAUGCCGUGUGAAGUUAUGUGAUUCCAGAACAAAAGGAGAGCAGGGGAAACAAUCCGAUGCGCUCAGAGGAGGAGAAUAAAAGAAAGGGAAGAAUAGAAAGAGGGGUACCCCCCAGUGUGACAGCCCUCGGAGCCUGACAGUUAAUGAGAAAAGUUUGCCUUUUUAUCCGCUCUCUGCCUUCCGGCCCCUAGACUUUUACCUACAAAAGACAGUUUUUUAAAAAGUGUAAGACUUUGCUGAAUUACCAUUGAAUCCAGCAUUGGGACACUCAUAAUACAUUGAGGACACUCAUUUAACACUUUUCACACAACGAGAGAGUGGGAGCCAGAGAGUCGCUCAUAUAGUCUCUCAUAGAGCUGAAAGGAGAGAUAGAAGAGAGGGACGGUGGUCCUCCUCUUUGACAGCUAUAGAGGCAAGAUGCUGCGUUACCUGAUCAAGACCCUGCUCCAGAUGAACCUAUUCACAGACACCCUGAGAGACCCGUCCAACAGCAGCGAGCUGCUCUUCAACCUCUCCUCCAUCCCCUCGUUCAACACCUCCCUGCUGCUGGACUGGGGCAACUUCACCGCCAGCAUCAACGGAUCCCGGCCCAGGUUGGAGGAUGCCCCCCCGCGGAUCGUGGAGCACCCCUCUGACCUGAUAGUCUCCAAGGGCGAACCGGCCACCCUCAACUGCAAGGCAGAGGGGCGUCCCAGCCCCAUGGUGGAGUGGUACAAAGAUGGCGAACGAGUGGAGACAGACAGAGAAGACCCGCGCUCCCACCGUAUGCUGCUGCCCAGUGGCUCCCUCUUCUUCCUGCGUAUCGUCCACGGUCGACGGAGCAAGCCCGACGAGGGGGUCUAUGUGUGCGUGGCACGCAACUACCUAGGCGAGGCCGUCAGUCGCAACGCAUCGCUGGAGGUGGCAAUCCUGAGGGAUGACUUCAGGCAGACGCCAAGUGACGUUGUGGUGGCGGCAGGGGAGCCGGCAGUCAUGGAGUGCAUCCCCCCGCGGGGCCACCCGGAGCCCACCAUCUCCUGGAAGAGGAAUAACAUGAAGGUCAACGACCACGACGAGAGGAUCACUAUUCGAGGAGGAAAGCUGAUGAUUUCGAACACGAGGAAAAGCGACGCAGGCAUGUUUGUGUGUGUGGGCACCAAUAUGGUGGGGGAACGAGACAGCGACCCAGCAGAACUAGUGGUGUUUGAGCGGCCCAUGUUCGUUAAGCGUCCUGUGAACCAGGUGGUGUUGGCUGAUGACACGGUGGACUUCCUGUGUGAGGCCCACGGAGACCCCGCCCCCACCAUCCGCUGGAGGAGAGAGGAAGGAGAGCUGCCCCGUGGCAGGUCAGAUAUACGCAGUGACCACAGCCUGCGUCUGACCCAGGUCCGGGCUGAGGACGAGGGCACCUACAUCUGUGUAUCUGAGAACAGCGUGGGCAAGGCAGAGGCAUCGGGCAGCCUGCAGGUCCAUGUGGGUCCAUUCAUGCCCCCUCAGAUUGUGGUUCGGCCACGGGACCAGAUCACAGCCCAGGGUCGCACCGUAACCUUCCUCUGUGGCACAAAGGGCAACCCUCCACCUGCCGUGUUCUGGCAGAAAGAAGGCAGCCAGAUCCUGCUGUUCCCCAUCCAGGAAGCUGCCCAGUCGGGCCGGUUCUCUGUGUCUCUGAGCGGGGAGCUGACCAUCACAGACGUCCACAGUGAGGACUCGGGAUACUACAUCUGUCAGGCCAUCUCUGUAGCUGGGAGCAUCCUCACCAAGGCCCUGCUGGAGGUCGAGAGUGCAUCCUCUGACCGAGUCCCGCCCAUCAUCCGCCAAGGGCCGGCCAAUCAAACGCUGGCGCUGGGCUCCACCGCCCAUUUACAGUGCCACGUGAUGGGCAACCCUCUGCCCAGCAUCCAAUGGGAGAAGGACGGCCAGAGGAUCCUGGGAGACGAGCGUGUCAGCCUGAUGGAGAACGGAAUGUUCCAGAUCACAAACCUGCAGGAAACCGACUCGGGGGCCUACACCUGCGUGGCUUCCAGCUCGAGCGGAGAGACGACGUGGAGCGGAGUACUCACUGUGAAAGAGAGUGGAGGUUCGGCUGUGCCCCAGGCAUCAGAACCCUUCCAGCUACCGGGACCGCCCCAGAAGCCUGUGGUGACUGACGUGACCCGCAACAGUGUCACCCUCACCUGGCAGCCCAACGCUCACGAGGGGGGGGCUGCCGUCACCUCCUACAUCAUCGAGGCCUUCAGCCAAUCAGCAGGCAGUACGUGGCAAACGGUGGCUGACCUGGUCAAGUUGGAGAAACACACUGUCAGCGGUCUCUUCCCCAACACCAUCUACCUGUUCAUCGUCCGAGCGGUCAACGCCUACGGGCUGAGUGACCCCAGCCCCAUCUCUGAGCCCGUCCGCACACAAGAUGUGAGUCCUACAGGUCAGGGAGUGGACCACAGGCAGGUCCAGAGAGAGCUGGGAGAGGUGGGUGUUCAUCUUCAGGAGCCUGUCACACUCACUGCCUCCAGUGUUCAAGUAUCAUGGACGGUAGACCGUCAGUCCCAGUACAUGCAGGGCUACCGGCUCCUCUACCGGCCCAUCGGUGGCACCUGGCAGCUGCAGGAUGUCAAGGCCCCGUCAGAGCGCCUGGCCGUGGUCACCGACCUGCUCAAAGGCACAGAGUACGAGAUCAAGAUCCGGCCCUACUUCGACGAGUUCCAGGGCAAGGACAGUCGGCUGCUGCUGGUCAGAACACCAGAGGAAGUCCCGAGCGCCCCUCCCAGAGCAGUCACCGUGGUUACAGUAAAGCUGAGCAACAGCUCCAGCAUUAGUGUGUCCUGGGAGCCUCCUCCUGCCGACAUGCAGAAUGGAAUCAUCCAGGAGUACAAGGUGUGGUGUGUGGGCAAUGACACCCAGACCCGCUACCACAUCAACACCACCGUGGAUGGCAUCAUCCUCUCCACCGUGCUCAAGGGGCUGCUGCCAGGCAUCCUGUACCAGGUGGAGGUGGCAGCGGUGACCAGCGCCGGAGUGGGCACCCACAGCCAGCCUGUAUCCGUCCUCAUCAAGCUGCCAGUGGAGGCACCGUCAGUGCCUGGUACCGGUGGGGGCGCGGAGGGUGACGAGAGCAGCGUGAGCCUGGCCGAGCAGAUUACUGACGUGGUGAAGCAGCCGGCGUUCAUCGCUGGGAUCGGCGGGGCCUGCUGGGUCAUCCUCAUGGGUUUCAGCGUGUGGAUCUACUGCCGCCGCAAGAAGAGGAAGGAGCUUAGUCACUACACCGCAUCGUUCAACUACACGCCUGCAGUUGGCUUUCCACAUGGAGAGGCAUCUGGACUUAAUGGAAGGCCUGGCAUGCUGGGUGGCAACAUGGGCAACUACCCGUGGCUGGCAGACUCCUGGCCCACCACCAACCUGGUCCACAGUGGCAAGGAGGCUGUCAACUGCUGCACCGCCAAACAUGACACGGCAGAGAGAUACUACAAUGAGGCGGGCAUCUCUAACUACCUGAACCAAACAGAGAAGUACAGCACGGGCAGCUCCAACGAAGGUCCUAUCUACAGCACCAUCGACCCCAACGCCGAAGAGCUGCGUAGCUUCAACAGCCCCUACUCCUCCACCACGCCCUACGCCAGCACUCCCAUCAUGCCCUUCACCAACCAGGCACUCCAGGGGUCUCACAGCCCCACAGAGCAAGAUGGCGGCCACUGGAUCACCCAUCCCGCCGGACCCUCCUCCCAGUACGCCCAGCCCGAGCGCUGCAGGACGGACUGCAGUAAGACAGUGUUUAAGAAUGUUUCCCAUGGUAAACCCAAGCAGAAGUCCAUGGGCAAGGCGGUGAAGACCCCCUCUCUAAACUGGACUGAAGCCCUCCCCCCGCCCCCCUCAUCAGGGGAGCUGGAGCAGUGUGUGGUAGAGGAUUUGCCCAUGGAUGACCAUGAGGACAUGGAGCUAGGGUCUGAUGAGGAAGAGUGGUGCCCGCCCCUUCCGGAGAGGACCUAUCUGAUCGAGGGUUGCGAGGAUGGUCCCGCCCCUCCCCUCAGGGGUGACGCCUCGUCCCCCGCCACCUCCUACAGUCACCAGUCCACCGCCACCCUCACGCCGUCGCCCAGAGAGGAGUGCCGCCAUCCACCCCACAACACAGCACGCCUUCACCACCUUGAUGGGCAGCAGCUAGCAUGUAGGUUACCUUGUGGUCCCCUCCCAGUGCCCAGGGCGCCCAGCCCGCCCCUCACCCAGUCCAACCCCAACCUCUCAGCCCAGCAACACGGUGAGGGCUCCGAGGGGGGCACACCGCUCCGCAACGGCUCGGCCCACCGCCGUGACCUCAGCCAGGGGGCAGCACUGAGUGCCGACAAUGUCAGCUCCACCACACCUGUAAGAGCUCAGCCCUCCCCAGCCGACAACACACACACUCCCCCUGGCCUAAAGUCACGAGUGAAAAAGAAGACUUCCAAAAGCGGAGCUUACAGAAGAGAGGUGCUCAACCAAGGAGACCUCCCCCCUCCACCAGAGCCACCUCCAGAGAAUGGAGCAGUGCGGGGCCCAGCAGGGGCUGUAGACUGUGGCCAAGCAUCCCUUGACAGAGAGGGGGACCCCGGGCCCUUGUCCUCCAUGGAAAGGAGAGAAGGAGAGAGGAGCACCCCCCAUAGGAAGGGAUCGGGACAGCGACGCCAAGAUGAUGAGGACCUUAUCCCGUACAGCAAGCCCAGCUACCUGGCGGGGCGGGGGGGUCAGAUGUCCAGUAACUGCUCCACUACAGGAAGCUCCUCGUCGCGGGGCUCCACGGGUUCACGAGGGGGUCACGGCUCAGGCAGGAAACGCAACGAGGAAAUGAGAUAAGUGGAUACCGGAAGACUUGCAGAAAACAAAACACCUUUGUCAUUCGACGUUCCUUUGAUGCCUCCCGUUUUCUUUCUUCGAUCGAAGCAAACAGCAAAAAAAUUAAGAUCACUUUCUGAAGAACAAUGGAAGAAGAAUAAGGGAUUUUCAUCCUUAAAAUAAAAUAUUAUUAUGAUUAUUUAUGACUCUCGGGCUUGGCCCACAUUCAUUUGUAAAUAGCCAUCGCUGUACUGUUUUUACGUGAGCUCUGGAUACAGGGAAAGAAAAAGUAUAUUGUAUUUAUAAGGAAAAACACAUGUAUAAAAAGUUAAUGUCUUGAAUGUGCCAACGUCUUUUUGUAGAACUGUAUUUCAUUCGGAAAGCAUAAAGACUAUUGCACUCUUGUUGUGGUGGAGAAACAACUAAAAAUAUGAAGCACAAAGUGUGUUUCUGUCAGGCGGCCGGCCGGACAGCUGAAACUGCAGGGGUCCUCGUCCUCUCAGGAUGCCUCUGCCUGUCGUCUCUGUCAUCUUUGGAUCCCUAUCGCCCGUGGUCCGAUGAGAAUGUUGUUUUCUACGUUUCUUUUUUUUUUCUUCAUUUUUUUUUUUUACAGAGGAAGCGUUGUAAACCGA